AGGAGCUAAGCUACCUCCUAGCUGGUCGGCUGCUUCCUCGAUCCUCUGUGCGUACGUGUAGCAUCUGUCUGCAACAACGACGAUGACGGUGGCGACGACGAAGCCCGCGGCAGACGGGCGCGGCGGGAGGCGGUACGCGCUGCUGCUGGCGCUGUGGGACUCGGAGUACGCCAAGAAGGCGUACGGCGGCUACUACAACGUCUUCGUCGCCGCGUUCGGCCGGGCCGGCGGCGGCGCCGGGGACGAGGGCGAGACGUGGGACUGCUUCCGCGUGAUCGCCGGCGAGUUCCCGGCGCCGGAGGACCUGGCCUCGUACGACGGGUUCGUGGUCAGCGGCAGCCCGCACGACGCACACGGCGAGGAGCCCUGGGUCCGCCGCCUGUGCGCGCUCGUCCAGGCGCUCCACGCCAUGGGGAAGCGCGUCCUCGGCGUCUGCUUCGGCCACCAGGUCCUGUGCCGGGCGCUGGGCGGGACGGUUGGCAGGGCGCGCGGCGGCUGGGACGUCGGGGUGAAGAAGGUGACCUUUGUUCAAGAUUCCUUGGAGGUUGAACUCGACGUGGAACUCCCCUCGAGCGCCUCCCUCAUCGAGGUCCACCAGGACGAGGUGUGGGAGGUCCCGCCGGGGGCGACGGUGCUGGCCUCCUCGGAGAAGACGCGCGUGGAGGUGUUCGCGGUCGGGGAGCACGCGCUGGGCAUCCAGGGCCACCCGGAGUACACCACCGACACCCUCCACAACCUCAUCGACCGCCUCACCGCCCAGGGCGCCAUCGAAGCGAGAGCCGGCGAGGACGCGCGGCGGACGGUGGCGGAGACCGGCGGGCCGGACCGCGCGUUCUGGACGGGGCUCUGCAAGGUGUUUCUCAGAGGCGGAGGAAGCAGCCCGCGGCCUGCUGCACCGGUGCGGGACACGGCGUCGGAGGUGAUGACCAGCAGCGUCGGCGCCGCCGCUCGUUGCUUCACUAGCGCCGCUCCGAUAGUCCAGUUCGCUCGCAGCACUAGUGUUGCUGGGGUUGCACGUACUUGGUAGCUUUUCACUGCUUGAUUGGUGUGGCCAGCCGCGCAUUGGCGGCUAACUUCAUUACACUCUAUUUCUUAUACUCAACUUAUUUAUACCUAUAUAUGAUCAAUUAAUGAAAAAA